AUGAAUUUCCCCUCUAAUGGAGCGGUCCGGUGGCCAAGCCCUUGCAAGAAGGUCAGAGCGGUGCUGCCUGCCCACCGUCCAUGCUUCAACGUGGGCACAGUGUGCCAAGUGAGGCUGCAGCCUAGUUCAAACAAGAAGUCUGGUUCAAACCGGGCCUGGUGCCAGUUGUCCUGUGCCACAUGCCACAGUGAUCCCCCUCAUCACCCGGUUACGAAGCAGCCACCUCUGGAAGACAUCACAGAGCAUUAGAACAAUAGCUGCCAGAACGCCACAGGCUUCUCUCUGGGAUCACACACUCAGAUGUGGUGCCUUACUUACAUUUCUACAUGUGAAAACAUAAUGUGUUUAUCUCAAUUGCAUUGAUGGUAGUGGCCAUUUCUGGUCAACUUGGUGGUAAAUAAUGGCGGGUGUUACAUAUCAGCAUGGAGGAGAAUUAGAUCAUUGUCUUGAGAUGGAAACAGCAGAUUUUCUCUCUCAACCUUCCUGUAGGUCUUAAAUAAACAACUGCAUUUCUUCUCAUCUCAGCCAAUUUUAUCAUCAGUGCAUUUGAAAGAGCUGUAACAUUAGCUGAGUUGUCGUAAUGAUGACAUGCCUGGCAGGCUGCAAACAUAUACAGUCAGGUCCAAAAUUAUUGGCACCAUUGAUAAAGAUGAGCAAAAAAUACUGUAUAAAAUAAAUAAUACAAAUACUGAGCUAUGCUCCAAAAAUUGGAAGAUUAUAUUAUUUGAUAUAGUAAUACAAUUGCUCAGAGAAAGAGAUUUUAUUUAACACGUAAUAUUUGUUUUUCUCAAAAAGAUAGGGGUCAGAAUUAUUGGCACCCCUGUUUUCAAUACCUUUCAAUACCUCACCUUGCGAGGAUAACAGCACUGAGCUUUUAAAAAAAACAUUUUAUGAGAUUGGAGAACACAUUGGGAGGGAUUUUAGACCAUUCCUCCAUACAGAAUCUUUCCAGAUUCUUGAUAUCCUUUGUUUGCGAUUAUGGCCUGCUCUCUUCAAUUCAAACCACAGGUUUUCAAUGGGGUUCAAGUCCGGAGACUGAGAUGGCCAUUACAUGUUGAUUUUGUGGUCAAUUAACAAUUUCUUUGUGGAUUUUGAUGUGUGCUUGGGGUUAUUGUCUUGCUGGAAGAUCUACUUGCGGCCAGGUUUUGGGAUAAAAUGUCCUGUUUACUGGUUAAAGUUCAUGUCGUUGACCUUAACAAGGGCCCCAGGACCAGUGAAAGCAAAAUAGCCCCAUAACAUUUAAGAUCCACCACCAUAUUUUACAGUAGGUAUGGGGUUCUUUUCUGCAUAUGCAUCCUUAUUUCGACGCCACUCAACACUGGUGUGCAUGGCCAAAGAGCUCUAUUUACAUACAUUUUUUUGAGCAUACAAUAUAGCUCAGUAUUUGUAUUAUUUAUUUUAUACAGUCUUUUCUGCUCAUCUUUACCAAGGGUGACAAUAAUUUUGGAUCUGACUGUGGCUCAGACAUGAAAGAGCUCCCAGUGUGAGCUACUGUAGACAUGUUGGCCUAAUAACUAUAGAGCUUGAGUCACGACCCACUGGACACACACUGGUUGAAUCAACAUUGUUUCCACGUCAUUUCAAUGAAAAUGACAUUGAACCAACGUGGAAUAGACGUUGAAUUGACACAUAUGUGCCCAGUGGGUAGCUACCAUGAUGAAUGUUUAUGAGAGAGACUCAUACUAAAUCAAAUCAAAUUUUAUUUGCCACAUGCGCCGAAUACAACUGGUGUAGACUUUACCGUGAAACGCUUGCUUACGAGCCCUUCCCAACGAUGCAGAGUUUAAAAAGAAUAAGUAGAUAUGUAAAUGAAGGCAGGGUAAAGUGACUAGGCCUCAUGAUAGAUAAUAAUAAGAGUAAAAUAAAGAACAGAGUAGCAGCAGCAAGUAAUGAGGGUAAAAGUGUGUGAGUGUGCGUGUGUGUGUAAUGUGUAUGUAUGUGUGGUUGUGUUGUGUCGGUAUGCGUGUGUUUGUUAUGUGUGUGUGUGUAUGUAGUGUAUGUGAAUGUGUGUGGGUUUUGUGUGGGAGUGUCAAUGUAGUGUGUGUGUACUGUAUACAGUGCUUUCGGAAAAUAUUCAGACCCCUUGACUUUUUCCACAUUUUGUUACGUUACAGCCUUAUUCUUAAAUUGAUUAAAUUGUUUCUUCCCCUUAUCAAUCUAUACACAAUUCCCCAUAAUGAAAAAGCAAAAACAGGUUUUUAGAAAUUUUAGCAAAUGUAAUAAGAAAUAUAAAUGGAAAUAUCACAUUUACAUAAGUAUUCAGACCCUUUAUUCAGUACUUUGUUGAAGCACCUUUGGCAGCGAUUACAGCCUUGAGUCUUCUUGGGUAUAACACUACAAACUUGGCACACCUGUAUUUGGGGAGUUUCUCCCGUUCUUCUCUGCAGAUCCUCUCUAGCUCUGUCAGGUUGGAAGGGGAGUGUCGCUGCACAGCUAUUUUCAGGUCUCUCCAGAGAUGUUCGAACAGGUUCAAGUCCGGGCUCUGGUUGGGCCACUCAAGGACAUUCAGAGACUUGGCCCAAAGCCACUCCUGCGUGGUCUUGGCUGUGUGCUUAGGGUCGUUGUCCUGUUGGAAGCUGAACCUUCGCCCCAGCCUGAGGUCCUGAGCGCUCUGGAGCAGGUUUUCAUCUAGGAUCUCUCUGUACUUUGCUCCGUUCAUCUUUCCCUCGAUCCUGACUAGUCUGCCAGUCCCUGCCGCUGAAAAACAUCCCCACAGCAUGAUGCUGCCACCACCAUGCUUCACUGUAGGGAUGGUGGCAGGUUUCCUCCAGACGUGACGCAUUCAGGCCAAAGAGUUCAAUCUUGGUUUCAUCAAACCAGAGAAUCUUAUUUCUCAUAGUCUGAGAGUCUUUAGGUGCCUUUUGGCACUCCAAGUGGGCUGUGCCUUUUACUGAGAAGUCGCUUCCAUCUGGCCACUCUACCGUAAAGGCCUGAUUGGUGGAGUGCUGCAGAGAUGGUUGUCCUUCUGGAAGGUUCUCCCAUCUCCACAGAGGAACUCUGGAGCUCUGUCAGAGUGACCAUCGGGUUCUUGGUCACCUCCCUGACCAAGGCCUUUCUCCCCUGAUUGCUCUGUUUGGCCGGGUGGCCAGCUCUAGGAAGAGUCUUGGUGGUUCCAAACUUCCUCCAUUUAAGAAUGAUGGCCACUCUGUUCUUGGGGACCUUCAAUGCUGCAGCAAUGUUUUGGUACCCUUCCCCAGAUCUGUGCCUCGACACAAUCCUGUCUCAGAGCUCUACGGACAAUUCCUUUGACCUCAUGGCUUGGUUUUUGCACUGACAUGCACUGUCAACUGUGGGACCUUUCCAAAUCAUGUCCAAUCAAUUGAAUUUACAACAGGUGGACUCCAAUCAAGUUGUAGAAACAUCUCAUGGAUGAUCAAUGGAAACAGGAUGCACCUGAACUCAAUUUCGAGUCUCAUAGCAAAGGGCCUGAAUACUUAUGUAAAUAAGGUAUUUAUUUAUUGUAUUUCUUCAUAAAUAUGCAAAAAGAAUUAAAACCUGUUUUCGCUUUGUCAUUAUGGGGUAUUGUGUGUAGAUUGAUGAGGAUUUUUAUUUAUUUAAUCCAUUUGAGAAAAAGUCUGUAAUGUAACAAAACGUCGACAAAAGUCAAGGGGUCUGAAUACUUUCCGAAUGCACUGUAUAUUGUCUAGUGAGUGUGCGUAGGGUCAGAGCAAGAUAGAGUCAUUCAUUGACUAUUUAGCAGUCUGGCUAUUUAGCAGUCUGGCUAUUUAGCAGUCUGGCUAUUUAGCAGUCUGGCUAUUUAGCAGUCUGGCUAUUUAGCAGUCUUAUGGCUUGGGGGUAAAAGCUGUCUCGGAGCCUAUUGGUCUGAGAGCCGAUGCUCCGGUACCAUUUGCCGGACACACGUGGGAAGAUGCAUCCAGCUUAGCCAGUGGUGAAUGGGAAUCUAUAGAUAAUUCUAUGGGUCUCUCAUUGAUAAUGAACCUGGGAAGCAUCUAGUGUCUGUGUGGCCCCUCCUGACUAGCCUGGCUAAAUGGAGGAUAAGUGGAUUGCAAGCCAAGGUUUGUGCUUAGGAGACGGGGAACCCCUUCUCCCUACUCAGUGUCCCUCUGGGAGUGGUAGGCUGCAGGUCUUGUCUAGUGUUGGCUGGCUGAUUGACUCUGAUACAUGUGCUGCAUAUUUCAUGCCCUCCAGUCUGUGUGUUUGUGUGUGAGGAGGCACCGUGGGAGUGUCUCUUUAUAGUGAUGUACUGUCUACUGUCUGAGGCAGUCUCCCUGGCCCUGCUGUCUCUUACUCCUCUGUGACCCACUGUGGCAGCAUUGAAGUCUGGAGCGCCGUUAUACACUGUUGUCAGCAUGCUUUAAUGUAUACAACAACAUUGGGACAAUACAAUUGACAGAGGACUAGCACCCCACUAGGUUAAGGUUCGAGUCUUGCCUGGCUGACAGGACAUAAGGUAAAAGGGGGAGAAUGGUAAAGUGAUGACUAACAGAAUCCCUAUGAAAUCUGUAUGUGUUACAAUAAGAGUGAAAGUUGUGUGUACUUGUAUCAUGUGGUUCUGAAGGCCAUGUUUGUGUUUGUGUGUGUCUAGAUGAGGAUGAGGAGGGUCAACGUAACACUGCCCCGCUCACACCUCUGGACAGCUUCUUCAGUGACAACGUCGCCCUCAAACAACAGAAGAAGAAGAAACCCCAAAAGAUGAAGGAGGGCAAGAUGCCCAAAGUCAAGAAGAGGAAAAAGGAGGUAAACUCUAUCAUAUUACAAUCAUGUCAUGCACAAUAACACAAAACCUCUAACAAGCUACAGUAGAUGUUGUGCCAUGUACUGUAGUAGUCCCUUGAGCAGCCAUUUAUAUUGGCUGGGAUUGAACUAUGAUUUCUUUACUGGUGUAAAAUAUUUGGUUUCUUGGACUAUUCUCUAAUUUCAAGGAGAAGCAGUAGAGUGUCUUUGGCUUAGGGGCACUUGGCACCAGUGCCAACGUGAGUGCCAGUGUAAGCUGUGGGCUUUGAGUGCCAGUGUAGACUGUGGAUCAGGAGGAGCGCCUGUGCCCGUGGCAGUCAACAUGGGCGGUAGGUCAGGAGUGCUAGAGCGUGUGCCAGUAGGUUCCAGCAACAGCAUUGUGACAGAGCUGUUCUGACAGCUGAACUCUCCCAGGCAUUAGUUCCUGGCAUUCAGACAACAGGCUUUAAACAGCAGCACUGAGCUGAGGCUCUCCACAGACCACACCACCAUCAUAUAUCAAAAUAGACAACAAACUACUCCUGCAUUUUAUUUGUUUCCACAACUGCUCCUUAGGUUCUUGGCUAAUUGAGGUUAACCACAAAUGUGCCUUGAAAGACAUCAUAGUGAAGUCAGGGGAAAAUGUUUGGUGUAACACAGUGACAGUGAGCCAGAGGAAAGUGUUUGGUGUAACACACCCCUCUGCCAUUUGAGGGCAUUGCCCUUAAUACAGUUUGUGUUGGCUUUGCGGUGCCUAUUUCACAUCUGUGUAUCCCCUGCCUGGGUUCGCGGUUGAUCAGUGUUCUGAACUGUGGCGGUGACAGAGCAGGGAUGUCCCUGUCCAGGGCUGCCAGCGGCACUGUGAGCAGUGUCUGGUGGCCAGCCUGUCACCGGCCCUUUGGCUGGCCACGAUAAACACUGAACACUGGACCACGCCGUGCUAAUGAGGGGUCUCCCUCUCUCUUUCCUCUCUCUCACACACUCUCUCUUUCUCUCCACACCACUCUCUUUCCAUGCUCAUUUCACAAGCUCUGCUAGACAGUACACUGUAUGUGUUCAUCAGGCAGAACUCCCUGUUAAGGGAAACCACUACUAGCUGUUAUUCACUUACAAUCUCUCCCCAAAGUCUAGUGUCAGACACGGAUCAAUGGAGGUUACAACCCUGGCAGUGGGUCUCUUUCUCCUAGGUCAGUCUCAGAGCUGAGAAAGCCAGCAGUGCUCAGACUCCCUCUAGCAGGCCGAAGCACACCACAGGAGAGCUGUUAGGACUGAUGACUGGCUAGAUCAGUUUUAAGGAGAGAAAUCCCUUUAGGGGGACUGUGUGUGUUGAUAGUCAGCAGUGUCGUCCCCCCCGUUGCACUAUACAAUUGAACGGCUUUGGGUGUUUAUGGUAUCGGUAGGAUGUGAAGUUUGCAUAUUCAAUCAGACAUUCAUUUCUGAAAUAAUGGCUGCACAUUGUAAAAUUAGUAUGUACUAAUUUAAUUUAGUACUGAAAGUAGAUGUUGAACAGAAAUGAAGUUGAUACCAAAGGGAAGGCAUUAUAUAUAGGAAUAAACAAUUUGAUUAUGCUUUAGGACUUUCUUUAUUUUUCAUGAUCUCCCAGGAGAGUCCUCCUCUUUCUUUCCACGCUGGUCUUAUGUAUCCUGUGAUGUGUUUGUGUAACAUUGAACCCUGUGCAGUGUGCAGUCAGUGGUUGGGUUAAGACACUUUUCUGCAGUUACUCUCUCUCUCUCUCUAGAUUAACAGUUGUUCUGCUUCCCUGCUUCAACUACUUCCACCACCCCCCACCCUUUUUCAUUUGGACCUCCCUCCAAACUCAUUCUCUCUCCUUCUCCGUAUGCAUAAAUGAGAUUUGUCUAGACGGGCGCUGGAACACAGGCUCUGCAACCACAGGCCUCUGCAUAACAAGCUCGUUAUGCAAACGUGUCUGAUUGGAUGGCACUGUUUCAUUGGCUGCUGCUGCUAUAGAGUGAGGGUGAGAGAGAGGAAGAGAGAGAGAGGGAGCGAGAGAGAGACCUCCAGACUCUGCACGGGUUGGUCGCCAUGGCAACACAGACGGGCUGGCGGUGGGGUUGGCGGGCGCUGCGGCAACGUGAGCCUUUCCUCUGCGCCACAGAGCGAGAUGCCUGUGAGUCUCUCCAUGGAUCCACACAGGCCUACUGUGCAACAGGCAACAAGCUGCAGACAGCACGUUCAUACACACACACAUACACACAAACACUCAUGCAUACAACCCAAUGCCAGUGCUCACUCAUACACUUUAUCAAAAACGUUCAACUGCGUAGCCUUCCAGAUGUUGCCAUAGCAAGGCCAUGGAGACAAUAGAAGGAGACAAUACCUGCCCUUGUGGCUGGGAGGGCGAGAUGUGAUUGGCUGGGCUGCUCACGGUGUAUGUUGCUGUGUUGUUGCAGUUCUCUGUGUAAGUAGCAUGUUUAGAGGUGAACGAGCCUCUGAUCAUGCCUUCUAUGGAGCUCUCAACAAGCUGGAUGCUAGAUAUUAACUCAAUUGAUGAAAUGUGACCGACCACCUCGAUUCGGUCUUAUGUAUCAACAUUUGAAAUGGUGUUUCUUACAUUGGAUAAAAGUAGAGACUCAGCUACAAAAUGGUAUAACAUACACUGCAGUUGAGGAACAAUGGGAAAGUAAUUCUGCUUUGAAAGUUGAUAAACUUGUAACCCCACUUUUGAGAAAAUGGCCCUUGAAUGUUUUGGUACACCUACUGGAGAGCUCUUCUUUUUCAGCAUCGUUCACACUCUCUUAAGCCUUAGCCCCACCCAUCUCUUCAAGGAUUUACAAAUGAGGACAUUUGCUAAACAUACUAAGUAAGGUAGUGUAGUAAACAACCAAAGAUUUCAAGACUACAGUGGAAAGUAGUAGCCUAAAAUAAGGAAAAACUCCAGGUAAAAAUACAAUUGAUCUAGUUCUUGGCCUAUAUCCUAAUCUAACUUUGGUGCAGGUCAUGUUGUUCUUCACUUUACCAUCUCUGGUAAACACACACUAUAUCAAAUAAAAUCUAAGUUUAUUUGUCACAUGCACAGGAUACAGAAGGUGUAAACGGUACUGUGAAAUGGUUACUUGCAUAUUUGCAUAGUAGCAAUAUCAAAAAUAGAAAGUGUCCAGAUAAAAACAUAUACGUUUGUAUAAUUAUUAGAUGAUGCUUACCCAGACACACUUGUGUAAAUUGAUAGGUCAUGUGAACGAAAUGCUAUAACUACCCCCCAGCCACAUCUAGCUAAGUGGAUGGGUCACUAUUGUCUAGACAUGUACGCUUGUUCAUGAAAUACAAUAGAUGGCCAUAAUCUCCCCCAGACACACCUGGCUAACUUGAUGGAUCAUGUAGUCAUCUGGCGAAGUGGAGUCUUUUGUUUUGACAUGUAGCUAGCUAGCUAAACAAUGAACCAUAAUCCCAACCCAUACAGUACAAACAGAUUGUCAUGGCUAGCCACCAUGCAUGAGAUGCUGUUGUAUGAAUCUGCAGGUAGCUAAAGCUGACCAACUAGAUUCAAUGUUAGCUACUGUAGCUAGCAAAAUUAGGCUAUAAAUAGCAAUGCAAAUAGCUUUCUGAGAUAUAAAUAAUAUUACUACAGAGAUCAUACAUGUAACGUUAGCUAGCGAGCCAGCAAGCGAACGUUCGCUAGCUAGCUAACAGCACGCUUUAACCAGGGUUGGGUAGGUUGCUUUCUAAAUGUAAUCCGUUACAGUUACUAGUUACCUGUCCACAAUUGUAAUCAGUAACGUAACUUUUGGAUUACCCAAACUCAGUAAUGUAAUCUGAUUACAUUCAGUUACUUUUAGAUUACUUUCCCCGUAAGAGGCAUUAGAAGAAGACACAAAUGUAUGUUACCAAUUGAACGACAUCUAUUGCAGGAUAAAUCAAUGUUAAAGUUUACAUAGCUGGCCAUAUAUGGAGGUUAAAUUUUACUUUAUAGGUUGGUUAUGUAGGCUUCUUCUAACCCAUUGCUUUCUACUACAUAUAAUAAUACACUUAAAUUAUAUCUUUACAUUAAAAACCAAAGUCUAUCAGAAUUCCAGUCAUUUCAAUAAAUGUUAUACCCCUUGAUCUUCAAGAAUAGGAUUUGGAUAUAUGGAAGUAUAGAUUAGCCAAAUUGUUUUACCUGAGCAUAACCCCAAAACUAAAGAUUUAUUAGCUAGCCGUACUCUGUUGUCAUAGAGAACUGAUUGGGCUCAUUGAUUCGAGUUGAAAAAUAAAUGCUGCGCUCAUGGAGUGCUAUGCUUUGAGCACUACUGAAAAGUGCUAUUUACAUGUGAAAAAUUAAUGCUAUGUGCUGCAUUUUCUAUAGGCCUAUUGUUUACAUUUUUGUUGGUGACACUUUGAUAUCUUGAUAAUAUGUAGCUGUUUAAAGGGCAAAUCCACAAAUGAAACAAUAACAAAACGGACGCCCCGCCUCUGUUGGGAUGGGCCUGGAGAAAUGUAACCAUUCUCAGAUUAAUAGACAGAGCUAUGGAUGCAAGGACUGGCCAUCCAUGAUAUCAAAAUUAUUGUUUAAACCAUGUUAUGAGGCUAUACAGUGUUUGUUUACAUUUACAAUGUUUACAAACAUUGGAGAAAAACAAGUUUAUAUUUGGGGUUCUCAUGAGGCAUUUAAAAAUUAUAUUCUUCAAGAAUCAAUGGAUAUAUAUAUAUAUAUAUAUAUAUAUAAUUUAUAAGUCAAAAAAUGGAUAUAGCAACUACAGAUUGCCCCUUUAAGUCUAUCAAAAGUGUGCUAGUCCAUUAGGCCUAUGGAUUUUUUUUUUUUGUCAGCAUGAAUUAGAUUGAGCAAUAAAAGCCCCACUUUUAUUCCAUAGGCUGGGAUCCGCACUAUGCAGCUGUUGCAAUAGCGCAUUUUUCAUUGGCUGUCCACUGGUUUCAAAAACAAUGAUUGAUAAGCAGCUUAAACUUCUUGAAUUCAACCAUUAUUGGGUUCAAAUACACAUUUUGAUUUGUGAACAGCCAUCCACAACAACCACAAUCCGUAAGUCGCAAAUAGCUAAAUAAGAGAGCAGCAGUGUGAUUCACAUCAAUGCGCUAUGUAGAUAUCAAUAGUAAGUGAUAUCUGUAUCGCCGUAGACUACACAACUGCUGUCAUCCUUACCUCCAAGCGUUUAUUCAAGUUGGAUAAUCUUUGGAUGCCGACAGCAGUCGCACCAUUGGAAGACAUAGCUUGGACUGUAGCCUACAAAAGCCUAUUCCUGCUCUUUUCCCGCGAUCCAUCAAACUCAUUUGGUGUGUCAUCAUAGUGGUCUCUGACUUGUGGUCAGACUCGCUCAGGUGGAACAAACUUAAACUUGCGCCUUUUUUCGAUGCUGAUUUGAAUGUGUUUGAGAACAUAGAGAAGUGUCAAAGAUUUUCUUUUCGCAAGCAUCCUUUCUGAAUUUAAAAGUAAUCCUCAAAGUAAUCAUGUAGUUUUUUAAAAGUAUCUGUAAUCUAAUUACAAUAUUUUUGCUGGUAACGUAACAUUACUAUAUUUUUGUAGUCCCUGGCUUUAACUUGCAAUGAAAACAACUUUCUGACAAAAUUAGAAACGCAUAAUAUCAGAAAGUGUAGCUAGACUCUUACCCGUAUACAUGGAUGAACGCUUCACGGCAGACUGGAACCACUUUAACUAAGUAAGACGUCCAGCUGUGUCGUUUCCAUUUUGUUUGUAGCUACAGCUUGUUUGGCCCAUUGUGUCAAGUCACUCUGGUUCACACUGACGCUGUGCAGAAAGUAGUCCAUCACAACUUUUUCCCACUGAUCUUUGUCAAUAGCGCCUGCUAAAUUCAGGGCAGCAAUGUUGUUGAGAGCAGUAGCAACACUUUUGCAGUUCUCCAUGGCUAACGUUAUAUCUUUCAAAAAAGCCGCGGUAGCAAGGAUUAUCUACACAUACUGAGCAGCUCAUGUUAUAGACAGAUGUGUGCUUCAUGGCAGACCAAUUCGAACUCAUCUCUCGGCAUGUCCAGCCUAUCCAUUAUCUCAGCCAAUCAUGGCUAGUGGGAAGGUUCCUGUCUUUUUCCGUGGCUAAAUUAACUAGGCUCGUAAUUUAACCAUUUUAUUCGUAUUUACAGAUGGCAUAUAAGUGUGUUAUUAAGGCACAUGAAAGUUCACAUGUUCCAGAAGGCAUUUCUGCCCCAAAAAACACAUUUAGAUAAAAUAUUAAAUGAUUACGUUCAAAUGCCUCUCCUGUGAGUAGUGAUGUGCGACAUACGCCUAGCUUCCUGAAACAGGUCACAAAUGGUCAUCAUUAUCCAGAUGGUAUGGGGGACUAUCUUUCCUCUUGAAGUACAGACUGUAUGUUAGUGAUAUUUUCUGACUCAUUGUCUGUGCAUCAAAUGUCUCCUGAAUGAUUGACAGACAGAGGGGGUGAGAUUGUAAGUGAAAGUAAUGAGAGUGUUGAGAUGAUAAACAAUGUUGUAUCUGUGUGUGUGUGUGUCAGGGAGGAGGAGGUGGAGGAGUAGGAGGUGGUGGCAGUGACUUGAAGGAUCAGGCCUCAGAGCGGGAGGAUGACCGUCCACUGCAGGGUCCAGAGAUUGGCUCAGAGAGCGAGAGCAGCACCUAUGCCCUAACCACAAAGAAGAAGAAGAAACCUAAGGAGAAGAAAGAGAAGAAACCCAAACGGAAAAAGAGAGAAGAGGAGGAGGAUGACGAAGAUGAUGAUGACGAAGAUGAUGAAAAUAGUAAGGUACAGUAAGAGUGCCUCUGUUAAAACAUCUCUGUCUAGUUUGAUCUGUAUUUGUAUUGUUUGGAGCCUUUGUGGAGUCAUAGACUGAACUCUUACUUCAGUGUUGUUGUGCCCCAGGAGCCCAAGUCGUCCAGCCAGCUGAUGCAGGAGUGGGGUCUGGAGGAUGUGCAGUAUGGCUUCACAGAGGAGGACUAUACAACCCUCACCAACUACAAGGCCUUCAGCCAGUUCCUCAGGUACUGUACAUGUAGGAUCAUCAUUUACUGCUUGUCUUGUCUAUGGAUGGCUGUCAUGGCUGUGUUGUUUAGUUGUUGCUUGAAUCUAUCCAAAUAAAAACUGUAUAGAGAUACUGGAGCAGUGUGGUGAACACUGGACCGUUUGUUAGAGAGAGAGAGCGAGAGAGAUAGAUGUUGUGGCUGUGUGUGACAGCCUGGAGGCUCAGAGACUGAAUGCAUUGGUCCAGUAUCUCAGAGAGACCAAUGUGCCGAACACCAAGACAUUGGCUGACAAAUCACAAACAAGGUACGCACAGAACACAGAGGGGAUGUCACACAGAUGGGUCACCACUAGUUCUGGUGAAUAAAGAUACAGGUCACUCUAGUGCAGAUUGUUACAGUAUAUAAUUAACUUAGAAAAUAACAAGAUGGUAAGACUACAGUGUUUUUUCUCUUUCCCUGACUUUUCUCAGGCCACUUAUUGCCAAGAAGAACCCUAAGAUCCCCAUGUCAAAGAUGAUGACAGUGUUAGGGGCCAAGUGGCGAGAGUUCAGCGCUAACAACCCCUUCAAAGGCACCUCUGCAACUGCUGUGGCUGCCGCGGUGGCUGCUGCCGUGGAAACGGUCACCGUGGCCUCGCCCAUCUCUGUCAAAGAGAUCACCACCCUAUCAAGCUCUCAGCCUGGGCCAAUCAGAAAAGCCAAAACCAAAGAGGGAAAGGGUAAGGGCUGUCAGUCAAUAAUUCUGUAUAUCAAUAUGUAUAGAAAUUUAGUAAUAAAGUACCCUCUAUACCUCUCUGGUCUGUGCCUGAUCUUGUUGUCCUAUAGGGCCUGGGGUUCGACGGAAAACAAAGACUGUAAAGGAGGUGAAGAAGAAAAGUAAAGGGAAGAAGACCAAAUCAAAGAAGAAAGCAUCCUCGGUAAGGUUUGGAGCGGCACAGGUCUCCUUUCUUACCUUCAGUCACAUUACCAUGACUUGAAAGGAUACAGUAGAUAGUUGUUCCCACACUCUAGUAUGGAUGAGGUAUGUGCUUAUUGUCUUAGUUGUACAGAUCCCUAAAUACUCAUUUUAUGGUUUUAUGGCCAAACUUGUGUGUGAAUGUUAUUGUCUCUCAUUGCUGAUUGACUGUGAGGUUGUGAAUGACUCGUGUCUGUUGGCAGAGUGAGGAGGACUUUGCGCUGGAGGAGUCGGACUUUGAUGAUGUCAGCAUCCACAGUGCCUCUGUGCGCUCUGAUACCUCGGGGAAUUCCAAGAAGAAAGCCCGGAAGGGUCGAAAAAAAAGGAAAAGUAUGCUAUGUCCGUUAUCUACACUAACCAGUUCCACUAGUUUAUACUGUAUAUCCUCCUACCUUUCCAUAACCCUCAUAACCUAAUGACUGUUACUGCUGUGUGUGUGACUUGACUUUUAUCUGUGUUUCCUGUCUUGUGUCCAGGAGAGGAUGGGGAUGGCUAUGAGACAGACCACCAGGACUACUGUGAGGUGUGCCAGCAGGGAGGGGAGAUCAUCCUGUGUGACACCUGUCCCAAAGCCUACCACCUGGUGUGUCUGGACCCCGAGCUGGAGAAAGCUCCCGAGGGCAAGUGGAGCUGCCCCCACUGUGUGAGUAGUACACCUUAACCUGGACUAUCACUAAACACAACAGAAGUACAUCACUAUCACAUUAUUAAAAAAUAAAAAUACAUUAUCACUGUCCCUCAUCUGUGCAUUCAGGAGAAAGAGGGCAUCCAGUGGGAGGCCAAAGAUGAUGACGAUGAGGAGGAGGAGGUUGCGGUUGAGGAAGAGGACGACCACCUGGAGUUCUGUAGAGUGUGUAAAGACGGAGGGGAGCUGCUGUGCUGUGACACCUGCCCCUCCUCCUACCAUAUCCACUGCCUCAACCCUCCACUGCCUGAGAUACCCAAUGGGGAGUGGCUGUGCCCACGCUGCAUGGUGAAUGACAAGUUCUCCCACCAGUCAGUGUGAUGAUCCAGUUGAUGAACCAUGUUAUUUGUGAGAAUGCACUUGGCUCUCCAUUAUUAAAAUAGACUGCUGGAAACAAAAUGAAAGUGUCACUCUCUGUGCAGGCUCCCAAGAGAGAACAGAGAUAGACUAAUGAGGAUAAUACCAUGCUGUCUCACACAACUCUCUUUCCCCCUCUAGUGCCCACCUCUGAAGGGGAAGGUACAGAGGAUUCUCCACUGGACUUGGGGGGACCCCCCCUUACCAGCUGAGGUUCCCCCUGGCCCUGAUGGAGAGACUGUGGACCCGCUGGUCAAGCCCCCCCUGAAGGGCCACCCGGAGAGGGAGCUGUUUGUCAAGUGGGCUGGUCUCUCCUACUGGCACUGCUCCUGGGUCAGCGAACUGCAGGUGAGACACACAUUUGUCUGUUUGUCUGACUGCUGCAGAGGGGUUUGUCAGAGUUAUCACAGUGUUUGAAAGUCAGCCAUGGUCAAAUAUAGUGGCUUCCUCUCACUUUAAAAAUCAAGUUUGCAGAAGUUACAAGACGCCACAUUUGCUACAGCACAUUGUCACAAAUAUGACAAAAAAAUUCUGCAGCAUUGUUGGUAAAGCCAUGGUCUUUUCUGUGGUGUGUGCAGUUGGAGCUGUACCAUGCGGUGAUGUACCGUAACUAUCAGCGUAAGAACGACAUGGAUGAGCCCCCUCCGUACGACUACGGCUCUGGGGAGGAGGAGCUGAACAAUGAGAAGAGGAAGAGUAAAGAUCCGCAGUACGCUGCCAUGGAGGAGAGAUUCUACCGCUACGGCAUCAAGCCAGAGUGGAUGGUCAUCCACAGGAUCCUCAACCACAGGUGCCCACCACAGACACACACACCUUCCUCUCCCUGGAGGGAUAUUCUCUCACCCGGACUCACGCUCUGCACUUGAUAUAUAAUGGAGUAAACUAGAGACAGGAGUCUCAACCUUACAUUUAUGUCCCAGGUUUGAAAUGUGUAAUUGCAACCUUUCCCUUUGUAUUCUGAAGUUCAAUCCAAAAGCUCACAGAGUUGUGAUUGUCAUUGUUGCUUGCGUUCCCUACAGUUAUGAUAAGGAUGGGGAUGUGCACUACCUGAUAAAGUGGAGAGACCUGCCCUAUGACCAGUGCACCUGGGAGGUGGAUGACUUUGACGUCCCUGAAUAUCACAACGCCAAACACUCCUAUUGGGACCACAGGUCAGUUCUGAACUCACACGUUCUCUAUCUCUCUCUCUCUCUCUCACACGCAUGCACAUGCACAUACAGACAAAUACAUUUCACAUGAUUUCAUAUUUCAUGUCGUCUCCUGUGAUUUGACAGGGAGCAGAUGAUUGGUGACGACCAGCGCCCUUUAGUGGUGAGAAAGGGAAAGAAGGGCAAAGAGGAGGAGAAGAGGAGGGAGAGAGAAAUCCCUCCUAACGCUCCAAUUAUAGAUGUGAGUGGGAAUCAUUACUAGGGACUAAAACAUACUGUACUAUUGGCUUAACAAUAAACUGACACACCUCUGGCUGUUCUUUCUCUGUCACUAGCCUACCAUCAAGUUUGAACAUCAACCCUGGUACAUCAAUGCCACUGGGGGAACCCUGCACCCGUACCAGCUGGAGGGGUUGAACUGGCUGCGGUUCUCAUGGGCACAGGGCACAGACACUAUCCUGGCAGACGAGAUGGGCCUGGGCAAGACUGUCCAGACCAUCGUGUUCCUCUACUCACUCUACAAGGAGGUGGGUGAGGAGAACUGGCUCAUACAGGAUAGGGGUCUAUUUGUUUAGUAUUCAUGUUCUAUGACAUUAUUAAGUAAAUACAAUACAACACAAUAGAAUCAGGACUGUUGCGUAUAUUGUCAAAUAGUGUCCUUAGUCAUGACUUUAAAAGGGUAAGGCUGAAACAUGUCCUCCUCUCUCAGGGUCACUCCAAAGGGCCAUACCUGGUCAGUGCCCCCCUGUCCACCAUCAUCAACUGGGAGAGGGAAUUUGAGAUGUGGGCCCCAGACUUCUACGUGGUGACCUACACUGGGGACAAAGAAAGCCGGGCGGUCAUCAGGGAGAACGAGUUCACCUUUGAGGACAGUGCAGUCAAAACAGGCCGCAAGGUCUUCCGUAUGAAGGUAUCCGCAUAAACUACACUUACAAUGUAUUGAAUCGCAGUAAACAUCGACAAGCAUGUAAUUUACAGGCCAAAGGAGAGUGGUGGUCAUAUCUAGACUCUCUGUUUUGGUCUUGACAGAAAGACACUGCCAUCAAGUUCCAUGUGUUGCUGACGUCAUAUGAGCUAAUCACCAUCGAUCAGACCAUUCUGGGCUCCAUUAACUGGGCCUGUCUAGUGGUGGAUGAGGCCCACAGACUGAAGAACAACCAGUCAAAGGUAACCCAACACCUCAAAUUAAACCAAAUCAUUCUACAAAUGGAUAUAAUUGGUCUUUAUUUCUUAAGAUCCAAAUUUGGAUUUCUGUACAACCUAUGAUCAAUAUCUUAUCUAUCUCCUCCCUUUCAACAUCAUCAACAUUAUGACUCAAUUAUAUUUGUGGCUUGGUUGAGCCUCUAAUGUCGCUGUCACUGUACCUCAGUUUUUCAGAAUCCUCAACGGGUAUAAGAUCUACUAUAAGCUGCUACUGACUGGCACUCCUCUGCAGAACAACCUGGAGGAGCUGUUUCACCUGCUCAACUUCCUCACCCCAGAGAGAUUCAAGUAAGAGCUGUACUGUGCCUCCUCCUGUGGCCCUCCAUUAGCCUGGCAGCCUGCCUAUGGGGCCUGUUACCUGCUGCAGUAGCAGAGAGUAAAGACCUAAUGCUUAGGGAAAUGCAAUGGUUACCACAGGGUCCUCCUUUCAAAUCCCUGCUGGCUAAGGCUUACAGUACAGCCUAAAGCCAUGGUAGAUGCAUAACAUCGACUGGAACAAAUGGGGAGUGUGCCGUCUUUAAAUGGUGUCUAUAAACUGUUUUGCUGUGUCUGUGCUCGCUCUGUGUGCAGUAACCUGGAGGGCUUCCUAGAGGAGUUUGCAGACAUCUCCAAGGAGGACCAGAUCAAGAAGCUGCAUGACCUGCUGGGCCCACACAUGCUCAGGAGACUGAAGGCUGACGUCUUCAAGAACAUGCCUUCCAAAACAGAGCUCAUUGUACGAGUGGAGCUCAGCCCCAUGCAGAAGUUAGUUAGUCCUCUUCUAUUACUUUUCUAUUGGACCUCCCAUUGUUGUAUAAACCCCUUCUGAGUGGUUCCCCCAGGCCUAAUCCUGCCUCUCAUGUUUGACCUCUGAUCCACAGGAAGUACUACAAGUUCAUCCUGACACGGAACUUUGAGGCGCUCAACUCCAAGGGCGGGGGCAACCAGGUGUCCCUGCUCAACAUCAUGAUGGAUCUGAAGAAGUGCUGCAACCACCCCUACCUGUUCCCCGUGGCAGCCAUGGUGAGGGAGGGAGGAGAGAUGGGAGAGGGGGAGGGGAGAGGGUAGAGGGAGGGAGGGGAGGAGAGAGGGCAGAGGGGGGAGACCAUGCUACGGGUUAAGAUGUGGAACUGAUGUUUAGGAGGACUUCUGUGUUUCUAUGUGUGUAUCAGUGGAGGCUGCUGAGGGGAGGACGGCUCAUAAAAAUGUCUUGAAUGGAGUCAAUAGAAUGGUAUCAAACACAUCAACGAUGUGGUUUCCAUGUGGUUGACACCAUUCCAUUCACUCCAUUCCAGACAUUAUAAUGAGCCGUCCUCCCCUCAGCAGCCUUCACUGGUGUGUAUUGUAGAAGUUUAUAGGUUGCCAACAUGCAGGUAUGUUUGUUUUAUCAGUGAGAGUGGACUGUCUGUGUGUGAGGGGCUGUAGUCUCUCAUUGGGUUAUUUGCUCAUUGUGUAUAUGCAGGAGGCACCAGUGUUACCCAAUGGCUCUUACGAUGGGAACCAGCUGGUGAAGUCCUCAGGCAAACUCACCCUGCUCCAGAAGAUGCUAAAGAAACUAAAAGAUGAAGGACACAGAGUUCUCAUCUUCUCCCAGAUGACUAAGAUGCUGGAUCUGCUUGAGGACUUUCUGGAAUACGAGGGCUACAAAUAUGAACGCAUCGAUGGAGGCAUCACAGGGGGGCUACGACAGGAGGCUAUCGACCGCUUUAACGGUAAGUUACGCUGCUGUUCUGUCUUUCUCCGCAGGGAGCAGCACAGACAGCACUCACACUCGCGUACACACUCACUCAUUGACUGUGUGCCUUGAUUCCUACUGCAGCACCGGGCGCUCAGCAGUUCUGCUUCCUGCUCUCCACCCGAGCUGGAGGCUUGGGCAUCAACCUGGCCACGGCAGACACCGUCAUCAUCUAUGACUCAGACUGGAACCCUCACAACGAUAUCCAGGUACUGUGGGACAUGGUAUCGAGUAACACAGGCAUACUGUGCAUACAGUAUACUGUCUUCUGAAUGGUUUAUAACCCUCACAGUGUUAUCUUGUUCCAUUUGUCUUCCUCCUUGACUCUCUGUUAUGUUUCUUUGUUUCUUCCUCUGUACCUCUCUCUGCCGCUUUCUCUUUCUCUCUCUCCCUCGCACCCUCCCUCCAUCUCUCUGCUGCAGGCAUUCAGCAGGGCCCACCGUAUAGGUCAGAAUAAGAAGGUGAUGAUCUAUCGCUUCGUGACACGAGCUAGCGUAGAGGAGCGCAUCACCCAGGUGGCCAAGAGGAAGAUGAUGCUGACCCACCUGGUGGUGAGGCCCGGCCUGGGCUCCAAGACCGGCUCUAUGUCCAAACAGGAGCUGGACGACAUCCUCAAGUUCGGCACCGAGGAGCUCUUCAAGGACGAGAUGGAGGCAGCCGCUCGGGCCAUGGGUUCCCAUCAAAAACUCUGUAAGAAUAACGGUACGCCCACUGACUACACUGUGUCACAAUAUAAAGCAAUCAAGCUUCUAAAUGUGCCGCUAUUUUCAAGCAUGCUGCUAUAGUUAUAGACACACAACCAAAGAGAGGUAUAGUGUCCCACUCGUGUUACCAGAGGUGUAUCUAGAGCAGUGGGCUUCAAAGUUGGGGUCGCGGGGGAACUGCAGUGGGGUCGCCAAAUAAAUACAUGGAAAUGUACAGAGGACAGAUUAUUGUAUGGGAUCAAUAUACAAUUCACCCCAAGGGUUUAGCAUUUCUGUAUGAAAAAGGCAGACCUGUUUUGCUAGGAACAUAUAGUAGUUUUGAACUAAACAUUAAACCAAUUUGCAUUCUUCUAAUAUUGUCUAUAGAUUUGAACUAGAUAUUAAGUAAACCAGCCUGUAUCUCUCUGAUAUAUUCUGAUACUUGUGUUUACUCCAGGGGACAUAAAGGAUGGAGAUGAAGGUAGUGUAAUCCACUAUGAUGACAAUGCCAUCUCCAAGCUGCUGGACCGUAGCCAGAAUGCUACGGAGGACACUGAGAUCCAGAACAUGAACGAAUACCUCAGCUCCUUCAAGGUGGCCCAGUACGUGGUCAAAGACGAGGACGCAGAGGUGAGGACACACACUCACACACUCAAUCAGCAUGGGCGUUGUUAUGUCUGGAAGUGGCUCUAUUAUGUAUUCUCACAGUGUGUAUGUGUGUCUAUUCAGUAUUCUCUCUUCAUUGUAUUCUCAUUGUUUACCAGUGUUUAUUCAGUAGUAGCUAACCAUUUUGUUUACCAAGGAGUAUCCUUGUUCAGUAUUCUCACUGUGUGCGCAUGUGUGUUUCAGGAGGAGCCCCAGCGGGAGAUCAUUAAGCAGGAGGAGAAUGUGGAUCCAGACUACUGGGAGAAGCUGCUGAGGCACCAUUAUGAGCAGCAACAGGAGGACCUGGCACGCAACCUGGGCAAAGGCAAACGCAUCCGCAAGCAGGUCAACUACAACGACACGUCUCAGGAGGACCAAGGUUUGCCUCAUACUGUACUGUACACUCUGGCCUGCUUUUCUCUUCUGCUUUAAAGGGAUACUUUAGGAUUUUGGCAAUGAAGUCCUUUAUCUACUUCCCCAGAGUCAGAUGAACUCGUGGAUACCGUCUAUAGCGUUAGCGCAAUUGCUAACUAGCGUUAGGUUAACGUCUAUGGUAACUGCUAGCAUGGGUUGUGAAACUGCCUCUAACUUCCUUCAUACUGGAUGCAGAGUAUAAAAAUGGUAUCCAUGAGUUCAUCUGACUCUGGGGAAGUAUAUAAAGGGCUGCAUUGCCAAAAUCCUGAAGAAUCCCUUUACUGUAACAGUAAUGCUAUGCUUAUUGGUCCCCCUCCUUUUAGAAAACAUUUGAGUGAAGUUAGCAUCACUCUAGAACAGUGGUAUUCAAACUUUUUCAGUGGGGACCCCAUUUUUUUUCCUCCAGAUUUUCUGGGUACCCCAUUUUCUUCCCAAGAUCUAAUGACACUACCUUAAAAUCGGUAAAUUUAUAUUUUUACAUCAACAAAUAACCUUUAAUUCAUCGCAUUUUCAUCUUGAAAAGAAACCAAUAAAUGAAUUUACUCAAUAAAAUUGUAUUUUUCAAAUGAUCUUUUCUCAAAAACGUUUGUAUAUUGAUCCCAUACAAUAAUCUGUACUCUGUACAUUUCCAUGUAUUUAUUUGGCGACCCCACUGCAGUUCCCCCGCGACCCCAACUUUGAAGCCCACUGCUCUAGAUACACCUCUGGUAACACGAGUGGGACACUAUCCCUCUCUUUGGUUGUGUGUCUAUAACUAUAGCAGCAUGCUUGAAAAUAGCGGCACAUUUAGAAGCUUGAUUGCUUUAUAUUGCUUAUAGCUUUACAGUAUGUAAGUUGUGUAGAGUUCCUCUCAUAACACUACCCCCCCAUAGUUCAACAAUAGGCAUUUGAGACUGAAGGGGAAACAUUUUAACCCAUCUAAAGCAAAAGCACACUCAGAGACAUGAAGUGUUGAUGAAGUGCACAGUCCACCAGUGUAGUGGCUGGGAGGACAGAACAGACAGAGACUCUGCUGCAAGUCAGUAGUAGUAUGUGUAAAGAAUGCCUGCCCCCCAGUGGUGUAGUGGAGUAGUGUCAGUGUGCAUGCCCACUGUAGCGGUCUGCAGUGCUAGGGCCCACCCCCCUGUAGGCCCCUGCAGAAGUGAAUGCACUGUGCUGUUUCUCUCUGAUCUGAUCUGUGGCUCAGAGUGGCAGGAUGAUCUUUCAGACAAUCAUUCCGAGUACUCCGUGGGGUCCGAGGACGAGGACGAAGAUUUCGAGGAGAGGCCGGAAGGUGGGUGUCAAUGAGACCUGCGUAAUCACUACGUUAUAGAUAGCUAACUCUCUCAGUGCCUGCUCUGCCCUGUGUAGAUGGGCCUGGAACCUAUCAUUGGUAAGAUGUUGCUGAGGCACCUGGCUGAUGGUGGGGGGGUGUUUCUCUGUAGGUGGGCGCAGGCAUUCUCGCAGGCAGCUGAAGAGUGACAGGGACAAACCUCUGCCACCCCUGCUGGCACGCGUAGGGGGCAACAUCGAGGUAAGGAAGAAAGCACUCUGGUUUUAUUGUAGUAGACAACAUGUGUAUGCACAUUGAUUUGACUAAUGGGUGUAAUGCCCUGUGCCAGGUGCUGGGGUUCAACGCCCGUCAGCGGAAGGCCUUCCUCAAUGCCAUCAUGCGCUGGGGAAUGCCUCCUCAGGACGCCUUCAACUCUCACUGGCUGGUCAGAGACCUGAGAGGGAAGAGUGAGAAAGAGUUCAGGUAUUUAAAGCUCCUCCUGUACUCAGCUGCAUCUCAACAGUCUCUACUGUUCACUCUUAUAUACGAAAUGCAAGACAAUGUCAGUUCAAGUAUCUUUGUUACUGGGAUCGGAAAUUGAUUGGCUGUAUGAAUGUGACCCUGUCUCUCUAGGGCCUACGUGUCUCUGUUCAUGAGACAUCUUUGUGAGCCGGGGGCAGACGGGGCGGAGACCUUUGCAGACGGGGUUCCACGAGAAGGGCUGUCCCGCCAGCAUGUCCUCACCAGGAUCGGGGUUAUGUCUCUGGUCAGGAAAAAGGUACACAUCAACCAGUCAUCCAAUGACUCCAUAGUUACAUUAAUAAAACCCAACAGCAGUAAGUUAGCCUCCUAAUUGGGUUGAUAAAUGUCUUGUAGCCUAUGUUUAGAUUGAGUAAGGCUGGUUCUCUGCCUCUAGCAUCUGGUUUUAGAUAGCAUGCCUUCAAUAAAAUGAAACAAGUCUAGAAUGGUGGAGAAAUCCAGUGUCUUCUGUUGUUAGAUUGUUAACUCACUGUUGUGUCUGUAUCCAGGUCCAGGAGUUUGAGCAUGUCAAUGGGAAGUACAGCACUCCAGACCUGAUCCCUAUUGGACUGGAGCUGAAGAAACUGACUGAGAGUCUGUCCUCUGACCCCAACACCCCUGUCCCUGCCAGCCCUGCAGCCACACCCCAGCCUCCUGGAACUCCUGUCCCACCAGGUCAGAGUCACAUCCUCACCCUGUCCAGUGUGUGUGGUAUGUGUGUGUGUUUCAGAACUCAUCUUAGUUCAUUAGAUUCAUUAGACAGGAAAUGAGAGACACUGUUGGUGAUUGUUUUGCUGUUUUUACAGAAAAGACGGACUCGAUCUCAGGGCCUGCUGAAGACAAGGAGCCCACAGAACAAGAGUGCAAGAAGCUACCAGAACUGGAGGUCAGAGUUCAUGCUUCUUCUGAAAUGUCCCUUUAUUCCCCUUUCUCUUAUCCUUCUCAUCCCUCUAUCCUUUACUGUCUUCAUACGUCUCCCCAUACAUCUAAUUUAAUUAUUCUUAUAAUACAAAAACAUAUGCCACCUUCUAACUGGCACCUUUAAAGUAAACUGUCUCCCUCUCCAUCUGUGAUGGUUGUCUCUCCAGACUCAUGUUAGUACAGAGUCGUUUUCCCAGGUAGAGAAGACGGACAUCGUUCCUGACAGUGAUGAGACAGCGAAGGGCAGCACAGAGUACAAACCAGUCUCCUCAGAGGAGAGUAGUGAAAUGAAAGACACACCCUCCACACUGAUAGAGCCAUCCAUCAAUCCUAAAGAGCCUCCAUCCAAACAGACAGAGCUGUCGUCCAAUCAAAGCUCACCAAAAGGUGAGUGGUGCAUUACAUGGUUAUUAUAAUCAUAUGAGAUGUAAAUGGUUGGUGUAAUGGCUUUGGUUUGUUCCCACUUCAUAAAAAUCAGUUGGGACAUGUCUCUGUUCUGAUGUGGUCAUCUGUCUGUCUAUUACCCCCUAGCGGAGCCCUGUCGAGAGACAGAGAAGUCCUUAGAUAAAGGAGACAGUGAUCCUGCCCCAGCCAAACCUGAGGAGAAGGAACUGAAGCCAGGUAUUUGCGGAACAGCGAAAAACAUUAAAACCUUGUCACUCUUCGAGUGACACUUUUUGCUGAACGUGGAACUAAAAAAUGUAAGCUUGUCAUUCCAUUUCCUUAGUUGUUUCAGACGAGGCCAAGAGCGAGGACUUGCUAGUGCCCGAGGGACGGCUGAAUGGAGAAAAAGAAGCACAGGAGGAGACAGAGGAUGUCAGGAAGGAAUUACUGGAGAAGAAUGGUUUCAAGAUGAGAUUCAUGUUCAACAUCGCCGACGGAGGCUUCACAGGUGAGGGAUGAGCAGGAGACACAGCUAAGGUGUAGGAACACUACAUACACUACAUGACCAAAAGUAUGUGGACACCUGCUCGUCGAACAUCUCAUUCCAAAAUCAUGGGCAUUAAUAUGGUCACCCCCUUUGCUGCUAUAACAGCCUACACUUUUCUGGGAAGGCUUUCCACUAGAUGUUGGAACAUUGCAUCCUAACUGGGUUGAGAAAUGUCUUGUAGCCUAUGUUUAGAUUGAGGAAGGCUUGUUCCCUGCCUCUAGCAUCUAGUUUUAGAUAGCAUGCCUUCAAUAAAAUGAAACAAGUCUAGAAUGGUGGAGAAAUCCAGUGUCUUCUGUUGUUAGAUUGUUAACUCACUGUUGUGUCUGUAUCCAGGUCCAGGAGUUUGAGCAUGUCAAUGGGAAGUACAGCACUCCAGACUUGCUUCCAUUCAGCCACAAGAGCAUUAGUGAGGUCGGGCACUGAUGUUGGGCGAUUAGGCCUGGCUCGCAGUCGACUUUCCAAUUCAUCCCAAAGGUGUUAGAUGGGGUUGAGUUCAGGGCUCUCUGAAGGCCAGUCAAGUUCUUCCACACCGAUCUUGACAAACCAUUUUUGUAUGGACCUCGCUUUGUGCACAGGGAUAUUGUCAUGCUGAAACAGGAAAGGGCCUUCCCCAAACUGUUUCCACAAAGUUGGAAGCACAGAAUUGUCUAGAAUGUAAUUGUAUGCUGUAGCGUUAAGAUUUCCCUUCACUGGAACUAGCCCGAACCAUGAAAAAUUACUUGUCAUACCUCAAGUAGUCUAUGUCACCUCGUUCUCUUGCAGCCUUCAUAGCUGGUAUUAGUUCCUUUCUUCUUUGACAGAGAAAUCCUCAUUGAUGAAGAUGUAGGACCCUUUAAGGCAUUUGUCUUUUUCAAAGACUGCAAGCUUAUCCUGUGAGCUUGUGUGGCCUACCACUUCGCAGCUGAGCCGAUGUUGCUCCUAGAUGUUUCCACUUCACAAUAACAGCACUUACAGUUGACCGAGGCAGCUCUAUUUUACGAACUGACUUGUUGGAAAGGUGGCAUCCUAUGACGGUGCCACGUUGAAAGUCACUGAGCUCUUCAGUAAGGCCAUUCUACUGCCAAUGCUUGUCUAUGGAGAUUGCAUGGCUGUGUGCUCGGUUUUAUACACCUAUCAGCAAUGGGUGUGGCUGAAAUAUCCAAAUCCACAAAUUUGAACGGGUGUCCACAUACUUUUGUAUAUAUAGUGUAGAUGUAUGAUCUGAUGUGUUACUAUAUCUCAGAGCUGCACACCCUGUGGCAGAACGAGGAGCGGGCUGCCGUGUCAUCUGGGAAGAUGUAUGAUAUCUGGCACCGUCGCCACGACUACUGGCUGCUGGCUGGCAUCGUAACGUAUCCUUCCUCUGCAUCUAACAGAGCUGUUCAGAAUUCGCAGUGUGCAGGUCUCUCUAUUUGUGAUGUGAAGCCCUUUUAUCAUGUUUGUUUUCCUUUACGGGGGAACCUCAGACAUGGCUAUGCCCGCUGGCAGGACAUUCAGAACGACCCACGCUAUGCCAUCCACAAUGAGCCCUUCAAGACUGAGAUGCACAAGGGAAACUACCUUGAGAUGAAGAACAAGUUCCUGGCUCGCCGCUUUAAGGUAAGAUGCUUGUUGUUGUCAUACAAACACAUUUGUGAACACCUUGAAUCUGAAUAGUGGACGAGACAACUGAAGGCAACAUUCAAUCUCCACAUCUCUCUCUCUCUCUCUCUCUCUCUCUCUCUCUCUCUCUCUCUCUCUCCUCUCUCCUCUCUCUCUCUCUCUCUCUCUCCCUCUCCCUCUCCCUCUCCCUCUCUCCCUCUCCCUCUCCCUCUCCCUCUCCCUCCCUCCCUCCCUCGCUCUCUCUCCUAGCUGUUGGAGCAGGCUCUGGUGAUAGAGGAGCAGUUGAGGAGGGCAGCAUACCUGAAUAUGACCCAGGACCCCAGCCACCCGGCCAUGGCCCUGAACACUCGCUUUGCUGAGGUGGAGUGUCUGGCUGAGUCCCACCAGCACCUGUCCAAGGAGUCUCUGGCCGGGAACAAGCCAGCCAACGCCGUGCUGCACAAAGGUCUGUCAUCUCCCAGUGUGUACACAGCAGCAGGACUAAAACACUGUCUACAAACUCAAGAUCUGGGUGAAUAAUAAUUAAGCAUUGCAUCAACUGUAGAUAAGAUUGGAUACGUUAGUGCGUUCUCGUCAUUGACAGUGUGUGUGUGUAUGUGUUUGUUCUGUAUGUCUGUGUGUGUGGAUGUUCCAGUACUGAACCAGCUGGAGGAGCUGUUAAGUGACAUGAAGGCGGAUGUGACGCGGCUUCCCAACAUGUUGUCCCGGAUCCCCCCAGUGUCUUCUCGUCUGCAGAUGUCUGAGAGGAGCAUCCUCAGCCGCCUCACCAGCCGCGGUAACGAACCUCCGCCACAACAGGUACUGUACAGGCAUUGGCUCUGUUAUGGUGAUAGGUGGGUUAGGAUUGGUACAAUUAGAUUAGGUUUAGUUUGGUUGGUUGGGGCAGGAUUACGUCCAGGGUACUGUAGGUUUGUCUAGGUUUGGUUGGGGUGAGUUGUUUUAGUAAGUCGUUUUGAUUGAUUCCGUCAUUGACAGGAUGUGUAAAAUGUUUACUCUACCUCCAGCCGUUCAGCCAGGGCUCAUUUGCCUGUUCCCAGAUGUACAGCACUGGUUUUGGGGGCAGCUUCCGGGGAACUGCAGGAGAGGCCAUGGUCAACUACAGUCAGAUGCCCCUGGGACCCUACGUCAGUGGUAAGAAGCCUGUCUCUGCACGACUGUUACUGUAAGAUAAGAUGUUUCACCUGAACAGCCGAGGACAGAAUGCAUGAUAACUGAAAAAGAGGGAGCACUGUAAGAUGAACUACUGCUAUGCUUCUCUUUCUAAUAAUAUAUUAGGGAAUAAAUAGCUUAAAAUAUUUCAUUUGGGUCAUUUAUUUUGCUGAGCACCCUUUGUUUGGUAUCCCUUCAUUCCCCCCUUUCUAGUGUCCAACGGCCCCCCACCCCCAUCCAGCCACUUGGACAAGAAGUCCUGCGACCCCCUGAGGGACGUCACCACCCCUGACCUCAAGUCAGGCAAGCCCAGCGAUGUUAUCUGUAUUGAAGAUUAG